AAGAGGUGCUGCUCGCCACUUGUCGAUGAACUUCUGGUCUAUGACCUUGCCGUGUGCCAGUCGCGUGUCGAAUCCAAGUGUGGCAAGGAUCGCACCUGAGGAGCAGCGCGUACUUAAGGCGGACAAGAAGGCUAUCGCUUCCGAAACUGGCGGACCGCUAUUCAAUUCCGAUGAGGGCACUGGAAUAUUGUCCGCUUCUAUCAAGCCCAACCGGGGAUAUCUUCCGAAGCUCAGAGGCGAAAGCAAAAUGAAUAUAUCUCCGCCUAACCUUCACAUGGCGACCAGCGAUAUGGGAACUACAGGGAAAAAUUCCAUUCAACAGUGUACUGCUCCCGCACACUUCCUUAUUCGUGACCUUCGAGAACUACAAUUGGUUUCAUCGUGGUGCACGUUCAUGAUGCGCAUAUGAUAUGUAUAAAUUGCGAGGAUUUUGAUGUGCUGUGGUUGCACCCCGGGCGUUCGCUCUGAAACC